GCCCAAUUGAUUUCUUUCUUUACAUAUUUUCUUCUUCUUUUUACACGGUUUAUGAUCCUUUAAAUAAUUUUUCUCUAUGCAAUAAUAUUUGAAAUGGUCAAAGCGAAAUCCGAAUUUGCUGAGCCCUAUGGCACAGAUGAUGAAGCACUCGCUCUAUUGCUUGAUCGUAGCCGCAGCAGCAGUAGUGAUGAUGACGAUAAUGAUUUUCGACACUGUCGGCGGCACAAACCCGAAGAAUCCUAUACAGAGCAUUUUUACUGGCUAUUCUCAAGUUCGAUGGCUUUGAUAGGCUGUAAAUUCAUACAGCAGCUCUCGCAACUGGUGACAGUCUCUACCGUAGGACAUUUGGGAUCACAAGAGCUUGCCGGUAUGUCUCUCGCAGAGAUGCUCGUAAGACUUACUACACUGUCCCUUGCGCUUGGAAUGACUUCGGCGCUGGAUACAUUGUGUGCACAGUCAUGGACAGGGGCCAAGGACAAGACUUCGACUGGAUUACAUCUUCAACGAGGAAUUAUCUUAUACAGCGUACUGACGAUCCCUAUUUUUGUUUUGUGGGCCAUUUCAUUACAUCUGCUGUCGUUGUUUCGUAACCACCAAAAAGAUACAGAUUAUGUCGUUCAGUAUGCAGGAUUAUAUUUGCUAUCUUUUGUGCCUGGUUCGUUUGCAUACGCUGGAUAUCAUAUGUGCGGCUCCUUUUUACAAGCUCAAGGCAUCAUGCGUGUCGGUGCAUAUGGAGCGGCACUAUCGCUACCAGUAACUGCAGCAGCGAACUACGUGUUGGUGACAGGCAAACCUUUCGAGUUGGGCGUCUCAGGGGCAGCAUUAGCAGAUGCUUCGUUUUCAGUGACCAUACUUGCACUCAUUGUUACAUACAUUGUGUUUGUUACCGGACCACAAGGCUGGAAUGGCUGGUCCGCAAGUAGUCUUCAUGGAUGGUGGUCGAUCAUCCGACUCUGUAUUCCGACAUACUUUUUCUUCUUAUUCCGUCAGGCUGCCCCUCAACUCUGUACGCUGGCUGCAUCCCAAUUUGGAACGAAAUCGCUUGCUGCUUAUUUUAUUCUCCAUCAUACGGACGGGGCCUUGGCUUCGUUUGGUCACGGAUUGAAACACGCCACGCUAACACGUAUCGGUAAUCUCAUGGGCAAAGGAUCUUUGGCUGAUACCAGACGCGCAAUCAUUGUCGGUGGGGUUUUGGCGGUAUCUAUAGGAUCAGCAGCUGGUGUGUUUGUGCUUGCUUUCCGAUCAAGUUAUUCUUACAUUUACACCAAUGACGAGGAUGUUGCACGAAUCGUUAGGAGCGCACUUCCGUUGAUAGCGUUAAAGCAGCUGAUUGGAUUAUUUGGUAGCUUUAUGUUGGGUAUAUGCGAAGGCUUGGGACACCAAAGAGUAGGAGCCGUGGUAUCGUUUGUAUCCUCCUUUAUCAUCGGUGUACCACUUUGCUAUGUCUUUGCCUUUACAUGGCAUUUGUCAAUAUACGGCCUCUGGAUUGGUCUAACCAUAUCUGAAGCAAUACUGACCCUAACUCUGUCUCUACAUUUGUGGAUGCUGGAUUGGUCAGAAGAAGUACGAGGAAUUAAAAAACAUAUCCUUACACUUAGUACAUAGUCAUGGCCAUAACUAGACAGUAAUACUAUAUGAUAGCAAACUACUAUCAGUGACAACCUUCUAUAUAUUUUUUG